CUGAACCUUCGCUAGACGCUGGACUGGACUGGUCGCCGCACUACGUGAAACACGCUGCGAAGAUUACCGGACGACACGCAUGAUCGCGCAAUAACACUUUCACCGCCAACGAAAGGGGAGAGAUGGCCACAUACUCGGCCAUCGGACACGAGCCAGCCGAGGCAGAUGCCAUGUCCUCGAGUACAGGCUCACUGCGUGGGCGACGGCGUGGAAGAGGCAAGAAAGAUGCUGGAUUCCACGGCCAGGCAUCGUGGAUAUCCAGUGUGAUCAACCUCGCCAACACCAUCCUCGGCGCCGGCCUCCUCGCCAUGCCCUCCGCGCUCUCAAAAAUGGGCAUCUUCCUCGGUAUCUUCGUUAUCAUGUGGGCCGGCGCAACCGCAGGCUUCGGACUAUACCUACAGACACGAUGCGCGCGAUACAUUGAUCGCGGCCAUGUAUCCUUUGCGACCCUAUCGCAGCUCACAUACCCAAACCUCUCCAUCAUAUUCGAUGCCGCCAUCGCCAUCAAGUGCUUCGGUGUGGCGGUCAGCUACCUUAUCAUCAUUGGAGACCUCAUGCCCGGAGUGGUCAGAGGAUUUGCGUCUGGUGCUGGGGACACGAACUUCUUGGUCGACAGGCAGUUUUGGAUCACUGCUUUCAUGCUUAUUGUUAUACCCUUGUCGUUUUUGCGCCGUCUUGACUCUGUUGAAGUACACCAGUGUCAUUGCAUUGUUCUCGAUUGCCUAUCUUGUCAUCCUUGUUGUUGCGCAUUACCUGCCAGAGGAGACACUAUCGCAGACAGAGGAACUGUCCGUGUUUUCCAAUGGUGCAGGCCCAGUCUCUGCGCUCGCGGCCUUUUCCAGUCAUCGUCUUUGCAUACACCUGUCACCAGAACUUCAGAUGUUCUCCAUCCUAAACGAGAUCGCAGACAACUCCCACUUCCGUACAAAUACCGUCAUCUUGGCCUCCAUCGGUGGUGCCUGCAGUCUCUACAUCCUCACUGGUAUCACUGGCUACCUGUCAUAUGGCGACAACAUACAUGGCAACAUUGUCUCCAUGUACCCCACCGCAGCCGCAAGUACUAUCGGUCGUCUCGCCAUCGUCAUCCUCGUCAUGUUCUCGUACCCACUCCAGAUCCACCCUUGCCGUGCCAGCAUCGACGCCUGCCUGAAGUGGAGACCGCGUCGCCGUAAUUCUCCAGAAGGAAGUCCGGCACGCAACACGUUGAUGAACAACACGCAAAAGCCCAUGAUCCCCAAAAAUGGCGAAAUGUCCGAUUACCGCUUCGCCAUUGUUACCACAAUCCUCAUCAUCCUGACAUUCAUCACCGCCAUGACUGUAUCUUCGCUUGAGAAAGUCCUUGCGUACGUUGGUUCCACAGGCUCAACUACCAUUUCCUUCAUCCUCCCUGGUCUCUUCUAUUAUAAGAUUUCAGACCCAGAUUCGCACAUCCACCAGCGACUUGUGAAGGAUGAAGACGACGAAGAAGAGUUCACGAAUGGAGAAGUGGAGGGCAGUGUCACGAGGGAAGGGUAUGACAACAGAGACUGGAGACGCGCGUUACUCAGGAACGCGGCGCUCGGAUUGAGCAUAUACGGGGGCGUGGUGAUGGUGACAUGUCUGAUCACUAAUACGUUCCUUGUUGCAGCAGCGCAUUGA